CCUUUCAUUUAUCGUGCACAUGCGCAGUUCAUUCUAAAAAUGGCGGCCGUGCAAAGUGGUCAGAGUGAAACGGAGGAAGAAAAAGAGAUUCAACCAGAAACGUCCAACGAUGGCUCCAGAACCGACGGGCGGCCCCCCGCCGGGUCCCCGGGGGUUCCGGCCUCCUCCCCCGGGGCGGUGAAGCCCUCGGCCCCGGGGGAGGAGGAGACGCUGCGCGCGGUCCUGCGGUUCCUCCAGAAGAACAACCUGUCCGAGUCGGUGGAGAUCUUGCGGCGGGAAGCGGGCUUACCGGACGAACCGGAGGACCAGACGGGCUCCGAGUCCUCCGGGACGGGGUCGGGGGGCCAGGAGGCUGGAGGCGGCGUGGGGGACGCGGGCUCCCUCCUGAGCCGGGUGUCCGCCGCCCCGACCCCCGCUGCUGCUACCGUCGCUGCUCCGCCGCCGCCGCCGCCCUCCAAAGUCGGCGCCGGGGACGACCGACCGGAUGUGAACGUCGUCCUAUCGGCCUACAGCCAGCAGGGGGACCCGGUCCUCUACGACGUCUACUACAGCGGCCUCAAGAAGUUCAUCGAGUCGGUGCUUGACUGCCACAGGGCCGAGCUGUCCCAGGUCUUCUACCCGCUGUUCGUGCACAUGUACCUCGAGCUGGUCUACAACAACCACGAAGCCGAAUCCAAGGCUUUCUUUGAGAAGUUCAGCGGGGACCAGGAGUGUUACUAUGCCGACGACCUGCGGAUCCUGUCCAGCCUGUCGAAGAAGGAACACAUGAGGGGAAACGAGACGCUGCUCGACUUCCGCACCAGCAAGUUCGUCCUGCGCAUCUCCAGAGACUCCUACCAGCUGCUGAAGAGACAUCUGCAGGAGCGGCAGAACAACCAGAUCUGGACCAUCAUCCAGGAGCACCUCUACAUCGACAUCUUCGACGGCAUGCCGCGCAGCAAGAGUCAGAUCGACGCCAUGUCGGGCAGCCUGGCCGGCGAGGCCAAGAGAGACUCCAACAAGGCCAAGGUGUUCUACGGGCUGCUGAAGGAGCCGGAGAUCGAGGUUCCUCUGGACGACGAGGACGAGGAGGUGGAGAACGAGGAGGGGAAACCCAAGAAGAAGAAGCCCAAAAAGGACAGCCUGGGCAACAAGAGCAAGAAGCAGGACCCCAACGCGCCCCAACAAAACAGAAUCCCACUGCCGGAGCUGAAGGACUCAGACAAGCUGGACAAGAUCAUGAACCUGAAGGAAGCCACGAAGAGGGUCCGGCUGGGCCGGGACACACUCCCCUCUAUCUGCUUCUACUCCUUCCUCAACGCGUACCAGGGUCUGACGGCGGUGGACUUCACAGACGACUCCAGCCUGAUCGCCGGGGGUUACGCCGACUCCACCGUGCGCGUGUGGAGCGUCACGCCCAAGAAGCUGCGCAGGGUCAAGUCUGCUGCAGACCUGAGUCUGAUCGACAAGGAGUCUGACGACGUGCUUGAGCGGAUCAUGGACGAGAAGACGGCCAGCGAGUCCAAGAUCCUCCACGGCCACAGCGGGCCGGUGUACGGCAUCAGCUUCAGCCCCGACAGGAACUACCUGCUGUCGUGCUCCGAGGACGGGACGGUGCGUCUGUGGAGCCUGCAGACCUUCACCUGCCUGGUGGGCUACAAGGGCCACAACUACCCCGUGUGGGACACGCAGUUCAGCCCCUACGGGUACUACUUCAUCAGCGGGGGGCACGACCGCGUGGCUCGCCUGUGGGCCACGGACCACUACCAGCCCCUGCGGAUGUUCGCUGGCCACCUGGCCGACAUCACCUGCACCCGCUUCCACCCCAACUCCAACUACGUGGCCACGGGCUCCUCGGACCGCACCAUCCGUCUCUGGGACGUCCUGACCGGGAACUGCGUCCGCAUCCUGACCGGGCACAAGGGUCCGAUCCACGCCAUCGCCUUCUCCCCCAACGGGAAGUUCAUGGCGUCGGGGGCGACGGACGGCCGCGUGCUGCUGUGGGACAUCGGCCACGGCAUCAUGAUCGGAGACCUGAAGGGACACACGGACGCCAUCUACACCCUCAAGUUCAGCCGCGACGGGGAGAUCCUGGCCUCCGGCUCCAUGGACAACACGGUGCGCCUGUGGGACGCGUUCAAAGCCUUCGACGAGCUGGAGACGGACGACUUCACGGCCACCACGGGCCACAUCCACCUCCCGGAGAACUCCCAGGAGCUGCUGCUGGGCACCUACCUGACCAAGGCCACGCCCGUCAUCCACCUGCACUUCACCCGCAGGAACCUCCUCCUGGCUGCCGGCGCCUACAACCCCUGACCCUCCAGAACCCGACCCGGAUGCUCUAGAACCCUCUGGAACCCCUGACUACGACGCUCUAGAACUUUUACGUCAACCCACCCGAAGUUUGAUUGACAGGGUUCUCCAUCGAUGGCAGUGAGGCAGGAAAACGAAGACCUGGGGAUCACUGAUGAAGGUUUAAAUCAAGGCUUUGGACGUUGUGAUCCGACGUUUGAUUUGUCAUUUAAAUAAGACGCAGGCCGCAAGCUAAUGUUGACAGACAAGCCUAACAAGGGGAGGUGCCAAUACUAAUCCUAGACUUUUUUUUUUUAAUUGCCGCCAUGAGUUCUGCUGUAUUCGACUCGUUGCUGUUCUGUAUUAUAGUGUCUUUUAUACCGUUAAAACUUGUAAAUAAAAGUGUUUUUAAUAAUUUUUGAAA